AUGGUGGAGGAAUCAGCGCCCGGAGCUGGCAGAAGGAUGAGCAGGUGGCUUCUCCUCAUUCUGGCCCUCGCUGAUUUCCGGCCCACCCAUGCCGGAGACCCUACCUGCAAGUAAGUGCCAAAAUGGACCAAUGUAGCAAGGAGGUAGCACAGAGGCAUCUCCCUCUGGAUGUGGCCUCCAUGGCAGUGGAGGCACCACUGAGCCCAAGUGGCCUUUUCCUCCCCAAUCUAUAUCCCCUGCGGUCCACUCAGUGUGCUGACAUCUACUAAGGAAAUUCAAACCCUGUUCUUGGAGAGGACACAGGUGCUUGGCAUCUUUUGCCUUUGACAGAAAUGUUUGCAGAUCCCUGGCAUUUAGAUCAACUGUGAGUUGCCCAGGUCACUAGGCAAAGUGAAAUCUCCCACAGGUUUAUUCUAGACUAAACAGGUAUAUUAUACAAUCAUAAAACUGUGGAGUUGGAAAGGACCCCAAAUGGUGUAGCAUGGGGGGGCAGGCACAGGGGCAGCUGCCCUGGAUGCAAAAUUUGUUAAGGGCACAACAUUUCAACACUCUGUGAUGCUUCAGUACAGCUGUGUGCUUUUGUCACUGGGCUCAGCUGAAAACGGCUUCUCCAUGUGAAGCAGGAAGCGAUCUCUCCAGAAUGACUCUUCGUAUCUCUGCAGCUGUGAUCUCCUGGGUGACACGCCUUACAGUUGUAUGCACAUGUGCACUCUGUCUGUUUCCUGCCCACCCCACCCCCUCUGUGUGGUCCCGGGUGAUGGCAACCCAUGCUAUGCCACUGAUCUAAUCCAAGCCCUUGCAAUGUAGGAACCACAGCUAAAGAAUUCCGGGCAAAGGCUAUCCGACCUCUGUUUACAAAGGAAGGAGAGUCCACCACCUUCUGAGCUUAUCAGUUCUACUCUUGAGCAGCUCUCAAGAAAGCUCUUCCUAGUGUAUAGUCAGAAUCUCCUUUCUAGCAGUUUGAAUCCAUUGGUUCAGGUCCUCCCCAUUGGAGCAACAGAAAAUAAGCUUGCUCUGUCUUCCAUGUGGCACUAAGCACCACAGUUUGGUGGCAUUGCAUUUUAAAAGAAUACAACACACAGGACCCUCAGCAACUAUCUAUUGGGCAUCAAAACAAGCAGGUAGCACAUAGUGUGAAAAGCAUAAGAAAGGAAGUAAAUUCCUUGAGGGAUGGAGCCUCCAAUCUCCUUUCGGUUCUACAGUGGCAGCAAUACAUGUGCGGCUGAAAACUAAUGGAAAUGUUCCUUUCCAGGGGAGCCUGUGGAAGACGUCCGCUGGCGGUCAGUCAGUACUUGAGGAAGGCCAUGAGUGGCACUGACGUCCUGCCAGGAACAUGGCCCUGGCAAGUCAGCUUCCAGUACCCAAGCCAAGCUGGGCACUGGGUCCAUUUCUGCGGAGGUUCGCUCAUCAGCUCUCGCUGGGUCCUCAGUGCAGCCCACUGCUUGAAGAUCAAGACGUAAGCCAAAGGAGCAGCUGCUCCUCGGGUAGGAGAACAUGGCAGGGUCUACAAAGCAGGCAGCCUGGGGGCAUCUCAUGGAAGCAGAGUCCCAUCUUCUGCCUCUGCCCAACAUGGAGCAUGAAGGUCUCUUUAGUUGUGAUGAGUGAAAGCCACUGCUAGAUCAGUCCUUGGGGGAUCUGUCUCAGUUUUGACAUUCUGAAAGCAAGCAUCUUGUCUUUAGGGCUGCUAAAAGUGCAGUCCAACCAGGAAGAGUCCUCUCUCCUCCUGCAGCUUCCAGCAAAUGGUUUUCAGAAGGAUUGCAGCCUCCAACCGUGGAGACAGAGCAGAGCCAUCAUGUGCUUUAAAUGUAUGGCAUUUAUGCAGCCCUUAGAGUGACCCAGGAGAUGACCUUGCCAGACAAUGAGCUGGUUCCUUCUACCCUUUUACAAACCCCUCCCUUUCCCCUUUCUAGCCCCUUUAAUCUGAUGCCCCUUCCCACCUGGGUCACAAAAGAUGUGAAAAAGGGUCCCUGGCCAGACAGCUGGACCAAACUCCUUGGCUCUGACUUGCCUCUCCAUCUUAUUCCUCCAUCAGCUGAGCUCCAGGCCUUUCACGGGAGCAUCCAGACUUCUUUGGGUAACCUUUGUGCGGUCCAAGAACCUUGUCCCACCAGCAAUGAACCUAUUCUUCCCUUCCAGAUUGAGAAAAGUCUUUAAGGUGGUGGUUGGCAUCACCAAGCUCUCACAGCCUGGUCCUGAUGCCCAGCAGCGCCGGAUAAAGAGGGUGGUGGACUACAAACUCUAUGAGGACGACGAGUCGCUUCGCUACGGCCUCUCCGUGGUGGAGCUGGUGGAGCCGGUCCGCUGCAGCGACUACGUCCAGCCAGCCUGUUUGCCUGACGACAGCGUGGUACUUUCGAUGCUCACUCAUUGCUAUAUCAGUGGCUGGGGCGACAUGGGUGAGGAAAGUGAGAGCCCCAGGACCUCCCCACGAAAGCAGCCCCCUGCGAGGACUGACCCCACCCUGGGAGAUCAGAGUGCAAAUAUGUCCCAUGCCUUCAAAGCCAAGAGUAACAAACACACAAGAAUCACAACAAUGGUUGUGAACAAAUGUCUGGUCACAGAAGUUGGUGGACUCUCCUUCCUUGCUGAGGAUGGGUGGCCUUCUAUUCCCGCAUCGCAGGGGGUUGGACUAGAUGACCCAGGACCCUUCCAAUUCUAGGAUUCUAGGAUUGGAAUGCCCAUUUCCUUCUUUCAGGAGCUGUGUUCAAAUCCCAAAGUCUUACCAUCCUCCACCCAGCCCAUGAUAGAAAAACACCGUAUAACAAGACCAUAUGUCCCUUCACAUAUUUGGGGAAAACACUGCUGCUCAUGGGAGGAGCUUCUGCUAUCUUCUCUUCCCUCCUUGCUGCCUUGCUUGCACUGAGAAGGCCCUGGCCCUGGUGGAGGAUAGUCUGACUUCCUUAGGGCCCGGGACCUCUAAACUAUGGUUAUUCGUGGACCUUAAGGUCCUCUGCGGGGCAGACCAGGAGACGCGGUCCCGUAAAUAUGCAGAUGACCAAAAAUAGCUUUAGCAUGUAUAAUGAAACAAGAAUCCACUAUAUCUGUUCAGACCAGGUCUCUCCAUAGUUUUCAGUUUAGUAAUAAGUUGUAAUUCAGCAACUUCUCUUUCAAGUCUAUUUCUGAAAUUCUUUUGUAAUAAGACAGCUGCUUUGAGAUCCUGUACUGAAUGUCCUGGGAGAUUGAAGUGUUCUCCUACUGGCUUCUCUGUCUUGUGAUUCCUGAUGUCCAUUUAUCAUUUGGCAUAGGGUUUGGCCUGUUUGUCCAAGAUAGAGAGCUAAAAGGCACUGCUGGCACUUGAUGGCAGACACAAUGUUAGAAGAUGAGCAAUUAAAUAAGCCUAAAAUGGUAUAUUUAUGUUGUUGGGUCCAGUGAUGGUGUUGUCUGGAUGUCUGUGGCAGCAAAGUUGGCAUUUGGGUUUAUUGCAGGCUCUGGUACCAGUGUCCAUGUUAAGUCUGGUUGCUGUAUUGUUGUGGGUGAGGAGUUGUUUAAGAUUGGGUGGCUGUCUGUAGGCAAUGAAAGGUCUUCCUCCCAGACAAUGACAGUUCUCUUUCUCAAGCUCUGGGAGGAAGACCUUAUACUCAGAACAAUCUUAGUUGGUCUCUAAGGACAAAAAAAAAUCUAUUUAUUUCAGCUGCGUCAGACCAACAUGGCUACCUACCUGAAUUUAUUUACUGCUUAGGUUUAUAUCCCAAGUUUUCUACAAGGAGCUCAAGGUGGCAAACAUAGGUCUCCACCCCUUUUCAUCAUCAGGACCAGCCCUGUUAGGUAGGUUAGCCUGAGAGUGAGAGACAGCAAAAUAAAUAUUGUUCCAUAAUCCUCAGGCUAUCUCUGAGGGCUUGGAGGGCAGUCAUCUCGACAGCUGCCUUUGCUACGUGGCAUUGAUCGAAGGGUCAUAAAUCAACAUUCUCCGUAAAUAUCUCUCAUUUAAUUCCUGGAUGCAACUGAACGCUUCUUCCUGCCUUCCACUCACAGAGCAUAAAACAUCUGGCAUCCUGCAAGAAUCAAAGGUGGAACUCCUUUCCCUAAAAAACUGCGGCAGCAAGAGCUGGUGGAAGCGGAAGGUGGCCGAUGAGAUCCUGUGUGCUGGAUACGAGGAAGAAGGAGGCAACAGCCCCUGUGAGGUAGGCAAGGGCCAAAGCCUUCCAGGGCUACUGCUGGAGAGGAGAAGGGAGAACUGGAUUUGCUGCCCCCUGAGGAGGCUACAGCUUGCACCUCUGAGCACUGACUUUGCACACUGGCUGAGCUGAGCAGGCAUGGUGCAAGUGCGAUACAGAGCCAGGCAGACUGCAAUCGUGUAGCCUCCAAAAUCCCGGUGAUGAAAACCAGGAGAUGCAAGCCCAACCUUCCUCUCCCCAUCAAAUGUCCCUCUUGCAGGAGCAGAUUCAUGCGUGCCCCACAACACAAACUCACACCCCUCCUGUUACGGAAAAAUCUAGGUGCAAGGCUGCUCAGUCCCCCAGCUCAUCGGGCAGAGCCCGCGGGUCCCUGCAGAAUAAAGGAAGUAGUUCAGCCACCAGCAAAUAGCUGUAGACCAAAGUUUAUUGCGCAACAGGUUCAAGGAGGAAUUUUGAACCCCGAGGAUGGGGUGACAAGGACUUUUAAAAGUUUCCCACCAUAUCCCAGAAUACAGUUCAUACAGCAUCAUUGCUACAUCACUGACAUGUCACAAAACGGGAGGGGUAGACAGGGGUUACACUAGUUUAGCCUUGCCAAACAUGUCCAGACAAGUCCUUGGUACAAGAUUAGCAUAAAGGCAAGAACCAGGUAUAAGAUUAGCAUAGGGAAACACCUCUGAAGUCCCACCACCCAAAGUACAAUAGAAUUUCCUUUGCACGUCUGGCCCCUUGUCAAGUCUGGUGAUGGGAUUUGGCUUUCCGUGGCCAACAAUCAACUCAGCAAUUGUCACCUCUGGGCACUUCCUGGAGUCCUUUUUCAAGGGGAAAAUAGCUUUGGAAUGGAGGAAACUGGCAAAGGAGUUGAUUUUAUAUUAUUUUUAAAGGUAGGUAGCUUCCCUGAGCUGUCGUUGAAAAGAUACAUUCAGGCAUAAUAUUUGUAACAUUUAACAUCUUGCAGGAUGCCAGAUAUUUUAAAGAUGUGCCCACCCCCGUAAUUUCCGUAACACCGCCCAAUCCAGACCACCACCCACAAGCCCAUUUUCUUCAUUCCCCUCUGCACCCGACUUUGCAGGACUGCUCGCCACCCCCCAUGCCAAGUCCCCUUUGUCAAUGCCACCAAUCUGCCCACCCCAUCCCUCCCCUUUCCCAGCUGCUGAGGACCCCAUUCAGCUCCAGCCCCACCUUCCUCCUUCACUCUUCAUCUCCCCCAUCUUCCUCUCUAGUGAAUGCUCCAGCCACCAGCCACCUCCCUCCCUUACAAAUCACCCAAUGCCCCACUUGAGCCGCCCGCCUCCCUCUCAGGAAGGCCAUAGCUCAGCAGGAGAGCAAGCACCUGCCUUGCAUGCAAAUCCCAGGAUCAGGCCCUGCUGGCAUCUCCAGAUCUAGCUGGGAGAGAGCCCUGCCUGGAGUCCUGGAGAGCCACUGCUGCCAGUCAGUGUCAAGAAUAUUCCGCUGGAUGGAACGAAUGAUCUGACCCAGCUUUUCUCCAUAUUCCUAGUCCAUCUUCUACAGACCCACAGCUCUCUAUUGAGCUAUGCUGAGGAACCAGCAGCUGCGUUUUGGUGGCGCUAUCCUUCUCCAAAAGUGGCCGGCUGCUCCUUAGGGCUUCCUUUCCCCCGAAUGCCCAUCUGCCCACCUGCUGACCGCCUCCCGCCAUCCUUUGUUCUCCCCACACACAGACCGACGUUGGUGCCCCGCUUAUGUGCCGGGAAGCAAGGUCCGAGCGCUACUGGGUGAUUGGCGUCGCCAGCUUGGGGGCGCCCAUCUGCGGCCAUGCAAAGCGGCCGGGCAUCUACAUCUCCACGCAGCACUACCUCCACUGGAUUGAAAGGACCACCCGGGAGAGGCUCUCUGCGCCCAGCCGCCAACCACUCCUGGCACAGAGCCAGGCAUCAGAUGCAGCCACACCCAGCCCAAAGCAGGACCGUAGGGCUUUGCCCAUGCCCACUGGCAGGCCUUGGCCCAGGCCCACAAGACUGCACGCAGCUCCCUGCACCAGGCCCACCCGGCAGAGUCCUCCAACACCACCUGGGUGGCUGAGACACACAAGGUUGCACCCCAAGAAGGGAAGGCCCCCAGGCCAGGCCAGGCCUAGUGCCAAGCCAAACCGGGGGGCAUCACCUCCAGGCUAUGGGGAUUUUUACAGCUGGGAUCAGGGGUACAUUAACCCCAGGCCUCAAGCACAGCCACCAGUUCUGCUGCCAGGGCAGCUGCCGCCAUGA